UCGUAUUGACUCGGAUGUUUAACCGUGCUUCGUCUGCCUCUCACCAAACUCGUUCUCGCUAACAGCGCACCGUUGUUUAGAUGAUAAGAGCAAGCAAACAAGGGAUGGUCCAAAGAAAGCUUGGGCCGCGCUGCCACCUCGCCUAAAUAAAACACGCCCACACACACCCAGCAAUCCGCCGUGCUCCUCCUCCCCCUCAGUCCUCACUAGCCGAGCGAAUUAAACUGCUCACUAGCUCAGCUGUAAAGAGUAAAGAGCGGCGUUCAGCUCAGCUAAGAGCUUGGCAGGUGAGGGAGAGAGGGAGCUUGAAGGAGGAGGAAGAGGAGAGAAAGGGAAGAUGAUUACAGGGGCGGACUUCUACCACGUGAUGACGGCCAUGGUGCCGCUGUACGUGGCCAUGAUCCUCGCUUACGGGUCGGUGCGGUGGUGGCGCAUCUUCUCGCCGGACCAGUGCUCGGGGAUCAACCGCUUCGUGGCGCUCUUCGCCGUGCCGCUGCUGUCCUUCCACUUCAUCUCCACCAACAACCCCUACACUAUGAACCUGCGCUUCAUCGCCGCCGACACGCUGCAGAAGCUCAUGAUGCUCGCCAUGCUCACCGCAUGGAGCCACCUCAGCCGCCGGGGAAGCCUCGAGUGGACCAUCACGCUCUUCUCCCUCUCCACGCUGCCCAACACGCUCGUCAUGGGGAUCCCCCUGCUCAAGGGCAUGUACGGCGAGUUCUCCGGCAGCCUCAUGGUGCAGAUUGUCGUGCUCCAGUGCAUCAUCUGGUACACGCUCAUGCUCUUCAUGUUCGAGUACCGCGGCGCGCGGAUGCUCAUCACCGAGCAGUUCCCGGACACCGCCGGGGCCAUCGCCUCCAUCGUCGUCGACCCGGACGUCGUCUCGCUCGACGGCCGGAGAGACGCCAUCGAGACGGAGGCCGAGGUCAAGGAGGACGGCAAGAUACACGUCACUGUGCGCCGCUCCAACGCCUCCCGCUCCGACAUCUACUCGCGCCGCUCCAUGGGCUUCUCCAGCACCACGCCGCGGCCUAGCAACCUCACCAACGCCGAGAUCUACUCGCUGCAGUCGUCGCGGAACCCCACGCCGCGAGGCUCGAGCUUCAACCACAACGACUUCUACUCCAUGGUUGGCCGCAGCUCCAACUUCGGCGCGGCCGACGCGUUCGGCGUCCGCACCGGCGCCACGCCGCGCCCGUCCAACUACGAGGACGACGCGUCCAAGCCCAAGUACCAGCUUCCCAUGGGGAAUGCGGCGCCCGGGGCGGGUCACUACCCCGCGCCAAACCCGGCCGUGGCCACGGCCCCCAAGGGCGCCAAGAAAGCGGCCACGAACGGGCAGGCGAAGGGCGAGGACCUCCACAUGUUCGUCUGGAGCUCCAGCGCGUCGCCCGUGUCGGACGUCUUCGGUGGCGGCGCGCCGGACUACAACGAUGCCGCGGCCGCCAAGUCCCCCGGGAAAAUGGAUGGAGUCAAGGAUGACUACGUGGAGCGAGACGAGUUCAGCUUCGGGAACAGGGGCGCGUUGGACAGGGACGCUGAAGCAGGGGCCGAGAAGGCAGCAGCGACUUUGGGGGGCGACCCCGGCAACGUGGUAGCCGCGCCGACGGCGAUGCCGCCGACGAGCGUGAUGACCCGGCUCAUCCUGAUCAUGGUGUGGCGCAAGCUCAUCCGCAACCCAAACACUUACUCCAGCCUCAUCGGCCUCAUCUGGUCGCUCGUCUGCUUCAGGUGGAACUUCGAGAUGCCGGCUAUCGUCCUGAAAUCCAUCUCCAUCCUGUCGGACGCUGGGCUCGGAAUGGCUAUGUUCAGUCUCGGGCUGUUCAUGGCGCUGCAGCCGCGGAUCAUCGCGUGCGGGAACAAAGUGGCGACGUUCGCCAUGGCCGUGCGCUUCCUGACCGGCCCGGCCGUGAUGGCGGCCGCGUCCUUCGCCGUGGGCCUCCGCGGCACGCUCCUGCACGUCGCCAUCGUCCAGGCAGCUCUGCCCCAGGGCAUUGUCCCCUUCGUCUUCGCAAAGGAGUACAACGUGCACCCUGACAUUCUCAGCACCGCAGUCAUUUUUGGCAUGCUCAUCGCCCUGCCGAUCACGCUCGUCUACUACAUCCUGCUCGGGCUGUGAGUGGCAGCAUAUCGUCAUGCUGUAAAGACUACGGGGAGGCAAAGGAGGAGGAGAUAGAAUUACGACGACACUGCUUGGCGCUUGCAAAAUGAGUGACUUGUUUUCUUCUUCUUUUCUAGAAGUAGGUAUGGGAAUUGGGAGGAGGGAAAGGGUCUUCGAGGUUGGACAAGACGGUAGCUAGCUAGGACGAACUAUGGUGAGGCAAAAGGCACCAAAAGCAGGUACAAGUACAAAGCUUGAAGGGAACAGGAGAUCUAAUUCAGUUCACGGAAUGGUUCCAAUUUCAACGGCUUAUUUUGGGAAUUUCGGUUGGCUGCGCUGACCACUGUAAAGUGGACGCCAUUCUGACUAGAGAUCGGCCUUGUUUUGUUCAUCUCACGAGUUUGAUGAAUUGAGAUGGUAUUGCCAGUUUUAUUUGUA